UUGCCACGCACUUCAACCACUUCUCUGUAAUAAUUGUCUGUCACUUCACUGUGUAAGCUUAUCACCACUCUAUAACUUAGGAAAAUACUAAAGGCAAAACUCUCGCAGUUGGAAUAUAAGCCUUGGAUCCAGGUGAAUAGACUCAAAAGGUACAAUGGCAACUGAGGGAAAGGUGUCGGAGUGCGUGUGUCGAGGACCAGGAUGUGUCUCCGCGUGUACUCCCCACAACGACCCUGCCCAGCCAUGGACUCACUCACUGUGCCAAGGCUAGCCGUUUCCCUACAGAAAGAACAGAGCUCCUACUGACGGUGGUGAUGGUGGUGAUGGUGGCGGCAAUAGCAGUGAUGGCGACUUGGAAUGACCAGCAGACAACCCCAGGAGAUCCCCAGGUAGAGAGCAGCGGCAAGAACUCCUCUGCUGAACUGCGCCAAGCACUUCAGUCCAUCUCGACUGCCGUUCUUGACUCCCUGUCUAGGAGUGACCAUAGCUGCUCACAAGUGUGCGCCGAGGUCCUUCAGCCUGCCUGCAUCACGGAGUGCAGGAGGCGGCGGCUGCCUAAUCUGGUGUGCCGCAUGGUGUGCUAUUCCUCCACGGUGAUGUGCUGCCGGUGUUCCACGUCGUGCCACCGUCCCUUCCAGGUGUGCUUCACAGCCUGCGCAGAGAGCGACACCUGGUGCAAGGACUGCUGCAUCGAUGAGGUUAAUAAAUGCUGCGACGACGACAUGGUUACAACACAGGAAAAAGAAGAAAAUGUUGAUGGGGAAGUGAGACAUCAGAGCGAUUGAAAUUCCGGUAAACGUGCGCACGUCCCUCUGGUGAGCGACGGCGUCUUAUGGAACGUAGAAGGCGCAUAUCUUCGUAAAUGAAGACUUCUUUUUUUUUUUUUUUUUUUACAUUAUUAUUCUGUGGCAAAGUAAGGGCCUCGCACCAUCGUUAUAACAAGAUCGUGAUGUCACCAUAGGCAUUAUAGUCUAUUAAAUAUCAACAUAUAAACACAGUGUUUUUACUACAUUAAAUUCAUAUAUUGGAACACAAGGACUGCCACGUUUAGACCUGACAAGUUCUUGCAGCUUCCCGGGUUCUACACGGGGCAAUUCUCGGCUGCUUGUAGCAGCGAAUUACCAGAGCAGCUGGCAGGUUUCACCGAAAGCAUUCACGUGGUCGAGAGCAGUUGCUGCCUCGCUAUAUCGAAGGACAAUUGAGAAAUGGACUGUGUUCCGUUUGUUCUUAUCUAUCGUUAUGUUUCUUUAUAAUAUAUUGUAAUGUAUUUUUUUUUUUGCUUGUUUUCUAAUUGUGCUUUUUUAAUAUUUCAGCACCUAAUGAUGACUUUUGUAAAGGUGAACCGUCGUGAAUAGUGAAUUAAUUCAG